AUGGGAAUACCCUUAGCAUUUUCGAACUCAUCGCAGACAUUGGUGCAGGACGAACCUGAUGCCGAGCUCUCGACGCGGACUGCCAGCCAAACCGACACCUUCGAGGAAGGUUAUGUUUCCGCGGAUGAUAGCGACGACGAGGAAAACGAUGGAUAUGAGCACUACAAAGAAUGGCAUGGCGAUCAUUGGGACGAGGUUGAUUACUUCAGCCGAUGGAAGGACUGGGACAUUGGCGAUGGCUGGCCUCACAACUUCAUGCGCUCUGACGAAUUGAGCAAGCCAAACGACCAGCUCCUCGAAAGGCCCAUGCAUCGGCACUGGCUGCAGAAGCUGUCCGGAAUGCGCCGCAAAGACCUCCCAUCCCUGAAAGUCUGGGCAAAAGGCAUACCGAAGAUACCACUUGAGAACAUCGUCCAGGGAGAAGACACAGACUACCUGGUUGCGAUAGAUGCCGGGCACGAAGACAUCCCAGUGUGGCUCAUCGUCUCACAAUCAAGCCUGCGGGACCGCGCCGAGUUCAACGGCAAGGAUCACCCCCAGCUUCCGGUCUUCAAGGGCCUGUUGAAGGAUGGCAGUUACGGCUAUGACACCGCCUGCAUUCUCCGUUCAAUACGCGACAUAGCCGGUCCGACGAACUUCGAGGACGUGUGUGAACUUGUGCGCAAGACCCGAGCCGUCGCGGACCCUGGAAUCCUCGACGUCGAGGAGAAGAAGAUGGCGGAGGUAUCGGGAACGACCCUUCCUGAGGAUUGGUACAAGGUAAAAUCUGACGAGGAAAUUCCACCGCCACCACCUAAGGAAAUUGUCGAUGAUCAUUUGGGUUUCGACUCGGCUGAUUUGAUACGGGCUAGCAGUUUCUAA